CAGGAACAUGGGUACUGGACCGCGGCAGCACUAAAGAGAGCCCAGCUCCUCCUUCAUUUUAAUUAAACAGAAAGAAAAAAAACACUCCUCGAACACUAAACCCACCCUCCUCCGUAUCUCCAAGUCCCCAAUAAUAGGUGCAUCGUUGCAUUGCGCAUCGGACCGGACCACGAUAUCCUUGGUUGCCAAACGCCAGUACGAGUGGAACUCUCCCCUCGACAGCUCCAGUUUGGUCCGAUCUUUGAUUCUACCUUUUCACUGAUCACUUCUCCCCCCCCCCUGAUUCUCCCGAUCGCCAUCUCUCUCCUCCCCGUGAGAGCAUCCCGCAAUCAUGUCGAAGCGCGAUCUCCACAUCCAGCCGCGCAUGGUCAAGAAAGGGCCAUUCUCGGUCGAAGCCGCCGGUUAUGAAAAGAAGGAUGGUGAAACCAUUCCUCGACGCCACCCAGCUGCGAAGAAUGGACUCGUGCUGCGCCCGUCCGAGGACGUUGCGACCACCUAUGACAACUUCCGGCGUUCCGCCCGUCUGUUCGGCAACAACAAGGCUGUUGCGAGCCGCAGCCUGAUCAAGACGCAUGUCGAGAACAAGAAGAUUAAGAAGAUGGUAGAUGGUGUCGAGCAGGAGGUGGAUAAGCAAUGGACCUACUUCGAGAUGAGCGGGUAUACCUACAAGACCUUCCUGGAGUAUGAGCAGCUUUGCCUUCAGCUCGGCGCGGGUCUGCGCAAGCUGGGGAUGGAGAAGGACGGCCGUCUUCACCUUUACGGUGCGACGAGCGCACACUGGCUGGCCAUGUCGCACGGUGCCGCAUCGCAAUCUAUUACCAUUGUCACCGCUUAUGAUACCCUGGGCGAGGAGGGUCUCAAGCACUCCCUGGUCCAAACCUCCUCCACCGCCAUCUUCCUCGACCCUGGCCUGAUCAAGUCUCUGACCCACGUCCUGAAGGAUGUUCCCUCGAUCAAGCACGUUAUCUAUAACACCGACAACGAGGUCAAGCAGGAAGACUUGGACAAGCUGAAAACUGAUUUCGCCCACAUCAACGUGCUCAGUAUUGAGGAUUUGCGCAAGUCUGGCGAGGAGAACCCCGUGGAUCCCGUGCCGCCCAAGCCUGAGGAUCUGUGCUGCAUCAUGUACACCUCUGGCUCGACCGGCCCACCCAAGGGUGUUCCUCUGACCCAGGCCAACGUGAUUGCCGCCACCGCCGGUGUCAACGAGAUCGUUGGCCCCUACAUUGGCCCCAAGGACUCGCUUCUAACCUACCUGCCCCAAGCGCACAUUCUGGAGUUCAUGUUCGAGAACCUGUGUCUGUUCUGGGGUGGCUGCAUGGGAUACGGCAACCCCCGCACCUUGUCCGAUGCCUCCAUGCGGAACUGCAAGGGUGAUAUCCGCGAGUUCAAGCCAACUAUCCUGGUCGGUGUUCCCGCCGUGUGGGAGUCGGUCAAGAAGGGUGUGUUGAACAACCUGAACAAGAACAGCUUCAUCAUUAAGGGCAUGUUCUGGGGUGCUAUGGCCACCAAGAACUUCUUGCUGACCAACGGCUUCCCCGGAGCGGGCUUCGGUGCUUCGAUCCUGGAUGCCGUGGUUUUCAAGAAGCUCAAGGAGGCUACCGGUGGCCACCUCCGUAUCAUGAUGAACGGUGGAGGUCCCAUCUCCAAGGACACUCAGCGAUUCCUCUCCAUGGCCAUCGCUCCCAUGAUCGGCGGCUACGGUCUGACCGAGACCUCGGCUAUGGGUGCCUUGAACGACCCUAUGGCAUGGAACCCCGACGCGCUCGGCGAGAUCCCUGCCUCGGUCGAGAUCAAGCUGGUCGACUUCCCCGAUGCUGGAUACCUGACCAACAGCAAACCCCCUCAGGGUGAGAUCUUCAUCCGCGGCGGCAGUGUGACGUCGGGCUACUUCGACAACGAAGAGGAGACCAAGAGCUCGUUGACCGAGGAUGGCUGGUUCAUGACUGGCGACAUUGGCGAGUUCGACUCCAACGGCCACCUGCGCAUCAUUGACCGCAAGAAGAACCUGGUCAAGACCUUGAACGGCGAGUACAUUGCUCUGGAGAAGCUUGAGUCCGUGUACCGCUCCACGCCCGUUGUUGGUAACAUCUGCGUCUACGCUGCGGAGGACCAAGACAAGCCAGUUGCUAUUAUCGUCCCCGUGGAGAUUGCGCUUAAGAAGCUUGCCAGCGAGAACGGAAUUGAGGGUGACACCGUCGAGGCUCUCGUCCACAACGAGAAGCUCCAGCGUCUGGUUCUGCAGCAGUUGCAGAGCUCUGGACGUGCCGGCGGUCUGAGGGGUAUUGAGAUUAUCAACGGUGUCGUUCUCUCCGACGAGGAGUGGACUCCUCAAAACGGCUACAUGACUGCUGCCCAGAAGCUCCAGCGCAAGAAGAUCGUGAACAAGUACAAGGCCGAGAUUGACAAGGCCUACGGCAAGAAAUAAACAAAAAAAGCUGAGAUUCACUUGAGGUGAAGCCCGCGAUCUGUUUCCACCCUUUUCGACUUGCUUUCUUCUAAUGCUGUAUUUCUUUUUCUCUCCUUGUUACCCUCUACCGCGUGUUUUUGCGUCUCAUGUUACGAUCUCCCCGAGCCUUGACUUGUUGAUAUUGGACUUUCUUGUUACUUUCUUUCGUCAUCCAUGAUUAGACGAGGUAGUGAUGAAUGCGAACAUAGUUUUGCAACAGACUUAGCCACAUUUCCUUGAUGUGUACUAAUAUGAUAUUCAUGCAAAGUCAGUCGACGGUAGCCCCAUAGAAAAUAGUACCUCUUUACCAAGCAG